GCACAUCAAAGAAAAGGAUCAGGAUCUCAUGAUGCUUCCCCUUUUAUAUAUAUACACUCUCGUUCAACAGCAAUCUUUCUUUGUCGAGAAAGGAAGAUCCAAAACGUUCCAAUUCUCGCUUCUCACAUAGAUUGAGAGAAGGAGGGAGAGAGAGAAAGAGAUGAUUCCUCUUCCAUCGGGCGCGAGUUCUUGCUUCCCGAGCGCGUCGCAAGGGCUUCAGAUGUACGGCAUGACCGGUCAUGAAGACAUUAGCGGCGUGACGAACUCCUCCAUGGACAACAACAACACGGCUUCAUCAACCUCGCCUGCGGAUACGCACUCCAACUCUCUUCUUUACAACCUCUCGCUCCUCAAAGAGAAGGUCCACCAAGUCCAGUCCCUCAUCUCCGUCCUCGUGUCUCCCCCCCAAAUUGCCGGCCAAUCGACGGCAACGACCUCGAUGGCCAUCUCGAGCAUGGUCACUUUGAUCCAAGAGCUCAUCGUUGCCGCCUCUUCCAUGAUGUUCACCUGCCAACAGAUGAGCAACGCCUCCACUUCUUCGGCAGACAACACAACCUCCCAUCGAGAACUGAUUCAGCAGCAGCAGCAGCAACCGCAACACCGAGUCAAACCUGUCAGCCACGGGGAGCUAUUGUCUCAUCACAACUCUCAGCCAACCGGUAUUUAUGCUUCUGAUCAAACCUUUGACUGGUUCGCUGAUAAUAGCUACGUUAGCUCGCCUGCUAUGGGAAAUAACAAUAGUGGCAAUAGCAAUAGUAACAAUAGUUCUAGGGCUGGUCAAAAUGGGAGGGAUCAAGCAGUGCCCCGGCCAUGCGUUGGUCAACGCGGUCAUAACGAAGGCUCGUCGCAAGGGCCAUCUCUGAAGAGCGGUAGUAGCAAUUGCGACAUCAUCGAGCUCGAUGCCUCGGAGAUUUUGGCCAAGUACACUCACUACUGCCAAAUCUGCGGGAAAGGGUUCAAGCGGGAUGCGAACCUGAGGAUGCACAUGAGGGCUCACGGCGACGAGUACAAGACCAGCUCCGCUCUUAGCAACCCCUUAAAGAACAGCAGCGGGAACAACAGUUCGAGUGGUGCGGAUGACAAGGAGUGUCUGAUGAAAGCGCCGAGGAAGUACUCGUGCCCACACGAGGGCUGCCGGUGGAACCAGAAGCACGCCAAGUUCCAGCCGCUCAAGUCAAUGAUCUGCGUCAAGAAUCACUACAAGCGGAGCCACUGCCCGAAGAUGUACGUGUGCAAGAGGUGCAAUAGGAAGCAGUUCUCCGUGCUGUCUGAUCUGAGGACUCAUGAGAAGCACUGCGGGGAUCUGAAGUGGCAAUGCUCGUGCGGCACUACCUUCUCUAGGAAAGACAAGUUGAUGGGUCACGUGGCCUUGUUCGUGGGGCACACGCCCUUGAUCAACUUGACGAAGCUGGGGAAAGUCGAGGGCCAAUCCGCCACAACGACGUCGAUGCAGAUAGAUGAUAGGUAGCCACAGGUGGUUCUAUACAUGUGUUCUUGAUGAUCAUCAGUUUAUUUUUUUCCUUCUCUUUCUUUUGCCCUUUUCCCUUUUCGUAGCUUCUUCUGUAGCUUGUGUACAUACUGCUGUCAGGUGUUUCAGCUAUACACAGUUCCAAAAGAUAGAUGGUUUUGCCAUAUCUGACUUUCAUAUAUUGUGCUAUUAGGGGGUGAAGUAAUCAGUAUCUAGCGUGAAGAGUUUCGCUAGCACGGGCAGAUCCGACCUGCUUUGCUGUCUUACGAUACCUUCACUGAAUACGUAUUUACCCUUGUGAACUGGAGAAUCGUUUUCUUUUUUCCUGUUCUUGUUGACUAGGGAUAUUGAUAUGAUACUCACCAAGGUUGCUC